GUAGACCAUCAGCCCACCGCGCACACCUGCCCCUCCCUGCUUGAUGGUAUGAUCCUUGUCUGUCAUCACCUGAUUGGUCACACGGACGUCAUUAACACAACAUUCAGUCACAGUCAGUGCAUGGAGUGCCUGUGGCGUGGAGAAGAUCAUACUAUCAUCCUGCCCUGAAUUAAUUAAAAAAGAAAAAAGAAAAAAAGAAAACGGCUCUCGGACGGGAGCCGGCUCUUAUCGUUAAUUUAAAAGAGCCGGCUGAAAGAGCCGACUCGUUCGGAUCAACACAUCACUAGUGCGGGUGGUUUCGGUUGAGCAUUCUUGGCAGCGUCAACGGUCGGUGAACAGUCAGUCAGUCAGUCAGUCGACCGUCGGCUACAACAACGACGUGUUUCCACCGUGUCUGGAGGGUUAUUUUAACGGGAAUAGGAGCCGAGCGGAACCACCGGGAGUUAGGUAAGAGUAAAAUACUGAGCCUUUCCUUCCCGCACUGUGACGUCAAACCUCACCUGCUUCACCUGCAUACUGUACAGCUGAAGGCAGAACAAGAUCUGCAUUAGACUGAAAAUAGUCAGAGAAGAAGACGACCGGUCCUGACCCAAACUGGUCCCUCAAUGGACCAGUGAAAUCUUCCAGUUAAAAGCGAUGUUUUUGGGAGCUGGAGGCCAUAGCAGCAUUAGCAGAGUGUGUGUGGGGCCCCUCCUAUCCCUCUUUCCCAGCACCCCUCCUGCCAUGGGAUGCCAGCCCCCUGCCUCCCUGCCCUGAGCUCUCCUGGGGCGCCAUGAACAGCUACAGAGACAGAGGGGUCACUUGCACCUCCUCAGACCUCCUGGAUGGAGGAGGAGGAGGGUUGCCCCAGCACACUCCGUUUCGUCACACCCCCAAUGGCCACCCGGCUCUUGGCCCCACAGACCCGGCCAUCCAGCCGCGCGUCUCCGUGCCCAAAAUGGGUGUUCGGGCGCGGAUUGCAGAGUGGCCCCCACGGCGCGCCCAGUCCAGGGAGUCACUGCUUGAAAAUGGGCAAAUUGGCGGCUUUCGCUACGGAGACGACUACUCCACAUCAGUUAUUUCAUCUGACAUGGGGUUGGUGCGGGGAGGAGUUGCCAGGUUGCCACGAAGACGGUCCAAGGACGUAGAGUUCAGAGGAGGAGGGUUUUGCGUUGAAAGAAAUCCACCUUUUACCCUGAGAGUGUUCCCGCCACUGAGACAGCGCUCAAACAGCGAGGUGACACUGAGCGAACAGGACGAAAAUGAGGUGGAGGUUCGUGGAGGUGGCGGGAUGGGUAACCUGUUCAGAGAGUACGGCAGCACCUCGUCCAUCGACAUCCAGGGCAUUUCUGAGCAGAGUUUCUUCGACAUGCUCAACCAGUUCCACCAGGAGAAGCCUGACCCACGCAGCUCGGAACACGUACGCCUCGGGGAGCUGCUGCGCACUCCGGACUCACCACCAAGCGCACCCUUCCCCUCCGCUCCCUCACCUGGCCCCUCAGGUGGGGACGACAGGGGUACAGGAAGGAGAGAUGGAGCAGAGAGAGUGAGGAAGAAAAGCGGAGGGACGGAGUCGUCCCUGGGCACCUCCUCUUUGUUCAGGAAACUUAAGAGCUCUAGUCGCGGCGAGCUGGAUGGAGGGAAAGGAGAGACUAAUGAGGAUGGGGGAGGCCGGGCUUCAGCAGACCCCUCCUACAAACCGUGGGUGUGCCCCAAAAGCUUCGUCCACUUCGAUGCUCAGAGCAUCCUGUUUGACCUCCACGAGGCGGCGGCUCAGCGGUGCUACGCCGCCCAGAGGAGGAACACCGCCACGGGGGCAUCAGCUGCGUCGGUGUCCUUGUCCGUCUCCAGAUCCUCGGCUCCAAGUGUGAACGACCCGGUUUACUCCAGCAUUGAGGAUCUGACCCUGAGCCUUGACCCCGGCUCCAUGACACCCUCCCUGGGCAUGGACCCUCUGGACGGGCCUCCUGGAGCCCCGGGCUCGAGCCAGCUUCUCCUCUGCUGCCCCCAUUUCCUCAAUGAGACUGGAGGCCACGGGGAGCGCAACAUCAGCUUCCUCAGCUCGUCAGCAGAGCGAGACAGAGGAGGAGACGGAGCGAGGGGUUGGCUGAGGAGGAGCAACGCCAGCGUCUCAGUGCUGGAGGUGCCUAUUGAACAGCAGGUUACGAGACUGGACAGACUGAAACUGUACGGCAUAGAGCAUGUAGACCUGGGGGCCAAGUACUACAGAGACUACUUCCACGGGAAAGAGCACGCAAACUACUUUGGGUCAGACGAAAAGAUGGGCGCUGUGGCCGUGAGCAUCCGCAGGGAGAAACUGGAAGACACCAAAGACCUGAAAGACCAGUACCAAUACCGCCUCAUCGUCAGAACCAGCGAGCUCGUGACUCUGCGAGGCUGUAUCUUAGAGGAUGCGGUGGCGUCUACGGGGAGGCACGGCACGGUGCGGGGUCUGCCGCUCAAGGAGGUCCUGGAACAGGUCGUCCCCGAGCUCAACGUUUCCUGUUUGAGACUGGCGCUCAGCACACCCAAAGUCACCGAGCAGCUCCUCAAACUGGAUGAACAGGGGUUGAGUCAGAAGCACAAGGUGGGUGUUCUGCUGUGCCGUGCAGGCCAGAGCACCGAGGAGGAGAUGUACAACAACGAGGAGGCGUCGCCCGCCUUCUCUGCCUUCCUAGAGCUGCUGGGGGAGCAGGUGCUUCUCAAAGGAUUCACCAAAUACGCCGCACAGCUCGACACAAAGACGGACUCCACGGGCACCCACUCCCUGUAUACCACCUACCAGGGGUACGAGGUCAUGUUCCACGUGUCCACCAUGCUGCCAUACAUGCCCAACAACCCACAGCAGCUCCUGAGAAAGAGGCACAUAGGGAACGACAUUGUCACCAUAAUCUUUCAGGAGCCUGGAGCGUUGCCUUUCACCCCGCAGAACAUUCGCUCACACUUCCAGCACGUCUUUGUUAUUGUCCGUGUGCACAACCCCUGCUCUGAAGGCACCUGUUACAGUGUUGCUGUGACAAGAAUGAAGGACGUGCCUCCCUUCGGCCCACCCAUCCCCAGCGGCGUCACCUUCCGAGACCCGGAAAACUUUCGUAACUUCCUCCUAGCCAAAGUUAUCAAUGCAGAAACUGCAGCGCACAAGUCAGAGAAGUUCCACACCAUGGCGACACGAACGCGGCAGGAGUACCUGCGUGACCUGGCUGAGAACUACGUCAGCAGCACGCCACUCGACUCGGCCGGCAAGCUCAACAACCUCAUCUCCCUCGCGUCUAAAAAACGGGAGCGCUCCAAGGCGAGAGAGGGAGCAGAGCUGGGAGCCACGGGGGCCGUCGCCUGGAGGGUCAUGGCCCAGGACUUCAGCGGAGGAGGGACGGAGCUCCCAUGUGCCUUGGGUUUGUCGGCUGAAUACGUCCUCCUGACAGACUGCGCCACCAAAGAGGUGGUGUUUAACUGCUUCUGUGCGGACGUGAUCGGCUGGACGCCGGAGCGGCUGUCACUGAAGAUCUUCUACGGCAGAGGAGACCACAUCGCCGUGCGGGUACCAGAGGGCUGUGCACAGGACAUCAGGGAGAUGGUGCAGAGGUUAAAGUCUUUGACAGUGGGAUGUGAGACGGUGGAUAUGACUCUGAGAAGAAACGGACUGGGACAACUGGGCUUCCAUGUUCGUCUGGACGGCACUGUGGCUGAGGUUGAGGAAUACGGCUUUGCCUGGCAGGCGGGUCUGAGACAGGGCAGUCGGUUGGUGGAGAUCUGCAAGGUGGCCGCGGUGACGCUGACUCACGAGCAGAUGAUCGACCUGCUGAGGACGUCGGUCACGGUCAAAGUCGUCAUCAUUCCUCCUUAUGAGGAGGGGGGACCUCGCAGGGGCUGCACAGAGGAGUAUGAGAUGAAGACGAUGGAGCAGAAGCCAGAACCUGAGCCUCUGGCGGCAGGCUACCGACCCUCCCCUCGCCCGAUGUGGCGAUGGGACAGUCCGCCCAUUCCUGGGGGGCUCCAUAGCGCCCCCAUCCCACAGCGCUGGGCCCCCAUGGGUCCCCCACCUCCUCCACUGCCCCGCUCACACAAGACCCUGAUGCCUGUUCCCUACAGGGAGCCCCAGCACCUCAACUCUAAGAGGCCAGUGAGCUACCCAGAGAACCACUACAGUCUGUCUCCUGCAGGAGGCGACAGAGUGCUGCCCUACAGAAACCCCUCAGCCAGCUUCUCCUCGCCCUCCUCCGGCCUGGUCGGCCUAUCCACGAUGGGGCCGCCUGGAAUCACACCAGGCCCCUUCGUACGCUACAAACCCUCCCCUGACAGAUAUGGAGCAGGACAGCGCCCCCUGCUGCCCUAUGAGCCCCACCUCAGUGUGGACAUCACCUCCAGUGGAGAGUCUUCCUCAGGCUUCACCAGUCAGGAGAGCACCAUGGAGCGCUGUAAAACAGAACCGCUUUGGCACGUCCCAGCGCCGUCGUCUCGGGGACCGGGCGGUGGAGGGGGGCAGAGGAGACCAACCAGACAGGAUGUCCCUGGGAAAGACUCUCCAAACAGACACUCGAAGGGCGAGACUCAGUACUCCAGCCACUCCAGCAGUAACACUCUGUCCAGUAACGCCUCCAGCAGCCACAGCGACGAGCGCUGGUUCGACGGAGGAGCUGGAGGCGAGCGAGGAGGCGGGGGCUGCCUCGGCGACCCGGCCGACCCCGACCCCGACCUCAACAAGGGGGGGUCUAACGACAGCGGCAUUGACGCCUCGACCCACUACAACAACGCUCGCCACGGAAACAUGUCCAACAGCCAGUCCCACAAGCCCAUGCACUGCUUUGUGACUUACAGCGGCAUCCAGGAGCUGUCCGUGGGAAGGAACAGUGGGAGUGGCAGCAGCGGAGAAGCGAGGAGACGAGAGUCUUCGCCCAUCAUACCAGCCGCAGCCAAUCAGAACAAAGGGUACCGGACUAGGACAUUCCCGCCUCCUGGCUCCAGCACUGAGAAAAUGGAUGCUUUCAAACCCAGGGCCUACACACCGCAGGGUUACAAGACUCCGACAGCUGAGAAAGUCCGGCCCGUCCGAGCUGCUACGACAACGCCAACUUCGGCUCAUUUAAGCUCCAUUCCUUUGUCCAGCUCCGCCCCCAAGGCCUUUUACGGGAAGAGCAGACAAACCGCCUGGCAGAACGAUGACAACAACAGCCCGUCACCUUCAAACGCAACCACGCCAUCCAGUUCUGACAGCAGCAACAGCAAGAAGCAGGUGGAUACGAACUCAAAGAACGUGUUUGGACAACCUCGGCUCCGAGCCUCACUGAGGGACCUGCGUUCUCCACGACGGACAUACAAAAGCACUAUCGAAGACGACCUGAAGAAACUGAUCAUCAUGGACAACCCGGGAGAGAUGCCACAGAGAGAUCCAUCUCCCAGGCGAACCUUGCAGCGAACCUUUUCAGAUGAGUCGCUGUGCAGCGGGCGCAGAGAGGCCAGCUUCGCCAACUCUGAGAACCCGACGACACCCACUGACUUACUGUUCACCUGCACGCUGCCCAUACGCAGACACGGCGUCUCCAACCACCUGCAGAGCAAGAAGGUGCCUCUGUCUGCCUCGGAGCUGUCUCUCACUGAAGUUAGAGACAAAGUCCCCCCUCUGAGGAGGCUCGAUCCCGGGCUGAUGCCUCUUCCUGACACGGCAUGUGGACUCGAGUGGUCCAGCCUGGUCAGCGCUGCUAAAGCCUACGAAGGUGAGGCUGGAGACACUUCAGGAUUAGCACAAAGAGCGGUUUCCCUCUUCUCACUGACUGAGCCGCAGGUUGGAGGUCCAGACAUGAGACCGGUCGUCAGUCCGGUCCAGUUUCAGACUCCUCAGACACCACGGACCACACCAACCUUCAUUGGAGACGAGGUGCCCAACGAACUGUCUGGUCGGCUCAACCAUCUGGAAGUGAUGUUAAAACAGCUCAACAACGAUCUGGAGAGAGAGAAGAAGGAUAAAGUCGUCCUGCUGGCAGAGAUGGCCAACCUGAGGGAGAACAACCAGCGCUUGCAGGUGGAGAGCCUCACAGCCAGCGAGCAGCUGCGCAAGUUCAGCAGGUUUUUUACCAACACCGACAAGACAGACGAUGAGCACGAGGCUCCCUCCUUAACACAUGAAACUGACUCAAAGAGGGAGUGAUGCCUGCAGAAGAAGGAGAAGAGAUUCAGGCCACAGAUGGGAGGGCGACGGUGAGAGUGCCCAUGAUUCCUUGCACACACAGUGGCGGCGGCGGCAGAGGUCACAAUGACGUCACCUCGCUCAGCUUCCACUGGACUGCCUUAAACUGUAGAGACGAUUGAUUUUUAAAAUGCAACACUCCCAGAAAGUCUCAGCCAGCCUGCGCGCAGACGGAGCGGAGACCCUCGCUCUCUAUUCUCUGAGCCUGUUUAUUUUUAUAAACUGAAGUCUUAUAUACUUGUCAUAUAUAUAUAUAAAUACAUAUGCUACUAUGCCAGAGGAGCGAGUAGGAGAGGAAACUGUUUUAGAGAACACUACAUCACCUGGAGAGGCCUAAUACUGUUCCUGCAGCGAAUCAGCCAAAAAAAAAAAAAAAAAAGACUCAUUACAGACGGCAUCUCCCAGAAUGCACUAGAAGUAAUGGAAACUCUACAGACGUGGUACUGUAGAUAGAUGCCUGUGUGGUACAAUUCUCCUGUAUCAAUAUUACCUAUAUUGUACUGAUAUUGUCGUACUAAAGAGGUGCGUGCGUGUGUGUGUGUAACUGAUGGUACGGCAUUAUGGCACAGUUUGUGCUCAAGACAAGAUGCAUUAUUAUGACCCGUUGGUGUGAAUGUGACGGUCUGUUAUAGGACGUUUUGAGUGAUGAACAAACUAGUUUACUGUAAUAUGAAAACUGGUGGGCCACAAUUAUUUUUUCUUUCCUCCGUUUACAUGGAUGAA